AUGCUUAAGGGGGGAAAAAUUGCCCCGAUAACGGCACAAGCAGGAGUAACAGGUCAGCAGCAAUAUUCGCUUCAGCAGCAGCAGCUGCUGCAAAAGAAUUGGAAACACGGUUCUGAAGCAACAACAGCAGCAGCAACAGCGGCGGCAGCAGAAGCAACAGUAGCUGCAACAGCACAGAGCGGCGAGACAAGCAACCAGUGUGCGGUCCUAUGGGAAGCUUUAGCGGACCUUCACUCUCAUCCCACUUAUCUGCUGCAGUGUCCGCAGCAGCUGCUGCGUCUGCGGCGGCAGCUGCUGCAGCAACAACUGCAGCAGCAACUCCUUGCGGAGGGCCCCUGGGGGGAGCCCAUGAGGUUUGCUGCAGGCAAGGAAGCGCCGAGGACCCUCACGGCGGCGCUGCGGUGGGUCCCGCGUGCAGCAGCAGCAGAAGCCGCUGCCUUUGUCUCCCUGCUGCAGCUGCUGUAUACCCGUGGGGGAGCUGCUGCACUUGGAAUCCAGAAGCAGCAGCAGCAGCAGCAACAGGAGCAGCAACACGGCUUCUCUGCCGACGCUUCAGACGUAUGUGAAAGAAGCGACGAGGCUGCAGAGUCCCAUUUUCCACUUGUAAAUCAGCAACAGCAACAGCAGCAAGGGCAGCAACAGCAACAGCAACUACAACCGCAACUGCAGCAGCAGCAGCAGGUGCGGGGUUGGCUGCCGCUUUCAGACGCAGCAACUCUCCCCACUGAGGCUGGCAGCAGCGCAGCCACGCUACAGGAGCUGCUGAACCCCGCAGCCUUGCUAGAAGGGUCCCUUGAGGCUCUUCAUGGGCCCCUUGCUGCUCAGCUUGCUGCUGUUCUCGACAGUAGCAUAAACAGCAGCAGCACCAGCACCAGCAGCUGCGGCAUCACAGCGUUCAAAAUAGGCUUGCUGCUAGAACAAGCAGCAGCGGCUACUGAGCAAGCAAUCGCUGCUGCCGUUCAGAACUCUCCUCAAAAGCGUCUUGAGAGAGAGCAGCAUCAGCAGCAGCAGCAGCAACAGCGGCAGCCGCUGCUGGUGCGUUUCUUGUUGGAUCUUUCAACGAGGGUGCUGGACAGGCUCGAGACCCAGUGGGACUCCUCGGCGCUGCUGCUGCCGCAGCUAUCCGCAGCAGCAGCAGCAGAAUGGGCCCCCGCCGCUGAAGAGGGGGCUCCACCCCGCAGCAGUUUGCCUCCGUUUCUAACGGCUUUUGCCUCGCGCCUGCAAGACCUGCUGUUAGCGUACGCAGCUUCUCUUUCUUCUCUGCAGCAGCCUCAGCAGCAGUUCCAGCAGCAGCCCCAGCAGCAGCAGCAGCAGCAGCCGACGCGCGCUGUGAGUCGCCUGGAGACGCUGGUAGGCCGCGACGUGUCCCGCUGCCUCAACUAG